AUGACGCCCGUGUCGCUGCCCUCGCUGCGCUACGAGCCGCGCCUUGCGUCGCCCUUCCCGGCGUCCGCGCUGCUGCCCGUGCGGCAGCUCCCGGUGCUCAGCAAGCGGCUCUGCCAGCGCCCCGAGGCCGUCAACAUCUCGCCCCAGAACUGCGCGCAGCCCGAGCCCACGUGGCGAUCCAAGCUGACGCCCGACCAGGCCGCCGCGCUCGCCAUCGCGCGUGAGGAGACGGGCUACGCGUCGCCCGUACCCAGCAGCAGGUUGCAGAGCGUGAAUGCGAGCGCGGGGUCGCUGCACUCGCCGCCCGCUGGCGCCUCCGCCGAGGCCACCGAGGACUGGAAGAAGGCGCGCAGGAAAGAGCAGUGCCGCAUCAACCAGGCUAACUACAGGAAGCGCAAGCGCCAGUACGAGCAGAAGGUGGCGGGCGAGAUCCAGGUGCUGGAGCAAAACAUCAAACAGCUCGAGGCCCACCGCGCCUCGGCCCUGCAGGGAGGACUCCAGAGCCCCGUCAAGGCCAUCGGAGACUUCUACUACGCCGUGGGCGUCGACGGAGAGCAGCAGCGAGUCAACGUGCACAACUUCCGCCUCGCAGACGGCAGCUCCCCGGCGCUGCAGUGUCUGCUGGACCUCCAGAGAGAAGAGUUCGACUCGGUCGAGUCCCUCAAGCUCCACUGGCUCUGGUACCGCGAGCAGUUCCGGGUCUUCCAGCUCUCGAUCUCGUCGUGCGAGCGCAUCGAGCUGGGCGAGCACGUGCUCAUCAAGAUCACGGGCCAGCUCGAGCUCGACAUCUUCUACGACGCCGAGCACCAGGGCGCAGACUGCCGGGGCUACGGCACCGUGACGUGCCCCAUCCUGCAGCAGUUCGAGUUCGAAGCGGGUGAGCAGAUUGUCUAUCGCAUCACGUCUGAGGUGGACCUCAUCGGCGGUAUCACGGCCGCGCAGGACCAGAGCGCCCCCGAGUGCACGCUGAGUGUGCUGCGCGCCUUCUCCGAGGGCUUCACCAUGUCGAACCGCUACAACCAACUAUAA